AUGCUAUGUACCGACAGUGGCGAUUCUUCUAGCUCUAACAAACUGAAUGGUGACAACAAACCGAGAAGUAAAACCGUACCAGCACAUUCCAUUGAUGCCAUUCUGGGUCUCAAAUAUCAAACUCACGUGGCUUCCAGUGCCAGCAAUGCCAGCAGCCAUGCCGAAAAGCCGUCGUCAGAGGACCCGUACGAAGACGAAUUCUGCGAUGUAGAGACUGUUGACCAGAAGAAGGACAGGGGCCUAUGCUUCUUCAGAAAUGAAGAGGAAGGACGAAUGAAAACAAGAGAAAAAGGUGACGUUUCUGAAAGUCUGGUAUCGUCGGGACAGGAUGACUGGUUGCGUGGCGAUUCGGACAAACAGGAAACUCCCGUGAAUCAGCCCCAUUGCGACAGCUACUGCUCGACGGACCGCCCCAACAGUCUUCGUAAGAAACACCGGCGGAAUCGCACAACAUUCACCACUUACCAGUUGCACGAGCUGGAGAGGGCGUUCGAGAGAUCUCAUUACCCUGACGUUUACAGCAGGGAAGAACUCGCUGUGAAGGUCAACUUGCCAGAAGUUCGAGUACAGGUUUGGUUUCAAAACCGGAGAGCCAAAUGGCGUCGUCAAGAAAAAUUAGAAAGCCAAAACGCUCUUCGCGGCCUUGGCCACGUUAAUUCCAGUCUCCUCAACUCUAAUUCACGGUCUCAGUCUCCCAUAGGCACUUCGAACAAUGGAACAUCUCUCAACCCUUGUGUCACUUCCGUGGGAAACCAUCUAGGGUCCAAUGCUCCUCUCUUGUUCGAUCCUUGGCUGACACCAUCCCUGCUGGGUCUACGUCUUCCAGGCUUGCCCGGGUUUCAGCUGCACACUGUAUACCCCAGCUAUUUGACACCAGCUAAUCUCACAACAGGUCCAAUGACCACUGACCAAUCUGCAAAUAAAGUCAAAGCAUCCCCUUUAAACUUAACUAUGGACAGCGACGAUCAAGUGGUAGAUGAACAGUCUAAGUCCAUGUGUGAUCCAAGAAGCUCAAGUAUUGCUUCUCUAAGACAUAAAGCAAAAGAACAUUUGCAAGUCUUAAACAAAGGACAUGUCACGUGAAAAUUGAAAGAACAGUGGAAGCGAUUCUUGUGACUUCACUUCUGUUAUAACGAUGUCAUAAACUGUGUUAUGUGACUACAUGUUCCUUCUUCUAGGUGCGUAUUUGAUUCAAAAUUAAAUAAAUGAGGAGUAGUUGACGCUUAUCGAGUGAGCGUUUAUUGAGAUAACUGUAUAAGAUGGUAAUUUUCUGGAGUUUUCAUAAAUGAUUUCCAUUUUAAAUUGUUUUAUAUAUAAAGUAACUCCAUUUCAGAAACUGUCAUUGAAGAUAAAGAAACUAGAAUGAAAGUAUGUUAAUACUUUGGAACAGAUGAGAUUGGUCGUGCAUUGUUCUGUGGAGACUUCUAUUAUUCCAACUCUUCCUAAAUAUAUUUAAAGUUAUUAAAUGAUAUUUCCUAGAAGCAUAGUGAAUAUGCUAGGAUUGAUGCAUGCAAAAAUAUUAAAUUUAUUGAAAAUUCUGAAACGGUCGACAUUUUAUAAUAAAUUAUAGAAUGUUCACUUCUAUCAUGCAAAAAUAAUUUCUUAUUUUUCAUAGGGUUAUAUCAUUAAAAGUAUGAUGCCUUAGUAAACAAAAUAUAAUACUCCUGCAAAAGAUCUUAUUUGGUGGUACAAACAAUCAUCUGUUUUCCUUUCUGUUUAGUUCUUGAUAAUUUUUACCGCGAGAAAAUUCUUAACAAAUAUGCAUAUUUGAUUCAUGGAGCUUUUCUAAUAAACUUCGGCUGUAGGUUUUCUGUGAUAUUUCAAAUACUGGCAUGUCAAUAUUCAUGAGAAAAAAUGCUAUCAUUAAAGAGUACAAUUCCACUUCAUUUGUAACUGAUCAUCCAUUCAAAAAAAAUAAUUUAUAUAAAAAUGUAUGAAAUUCUAAAUUAUUAUCCUUUUCUUUUAUUAAACCAGCAGUUAAAAAUCUAUAUAUUUCUUCAAGAAUUUUUAUAAAAUUGAUAAUUUUUUUCUGGAAACCGUCAACUAAGGAUACUUAUUACGUGGCAAUGAGCUAAAAUAAGUUUAUUAUAAAUUUUUUUGGCAUAUUUUAACCAAUUAUGCUCCACUUUCUUUCUAUCUUUAGUCAAUCAUACAAAUCAAAAAUUUCAUAUUCUUCUUUUCUUUUCAGUAUUAGUUUAUUUGAUUAUAUUUUUUAUAAAUUGAAUAAAAUUACUUUUGUUCUAAUGAAGAAAAUAAUGAUUUACCAGAAAAUUCUUUUGAAAUAUUGUAUUAUUAGGGUUAAUAAAAAAGAAAUAAUGAUUAUCUUGUAUUAUAAGCUUCUGGUACAUUCACUUAAUGUUUUUUGGAAACUCUCAAUCUUUAGAUAUACUUUAGAUAUAUCCAUUUUUUAUCAUUCAGUUUUUUUUCACAACAUUCUUAUUAAUUAAUAAAAGCUAGUUCCCAAUGCCAAAAAUUUGAAAUUUCAAAAUUUCCUAUAAUCGUCUUAGAGAUUAUGUAAAUAUUCAAAUGCUUAUAUAUUUGGCAAAAGAACAUAUGCGUAGUAUUUUUUGGAAUUCCUUUAACUAGCCGUUUCGUUCAAAAAUAUUCAAGAUUUAUUUUAUUACGGUAGAAUGCGUAUAGAUGGUAAGUGUUUCUUUGGUGCUUCCUUCGAUGUAACUAUUAUGUGCAAACAUACACUUUUGUCAUCGCUCACACAGUAAUGUAAAUGUAGAUUGCAAGCCUUCCUUUCCUACAUCCUCAAAUGUCUCGGUCGCUGCUCUUUUUUGGACCUUGAAAAUCAUAGCCGUUUAGGUAAAUUCUUGAUCCGAAGGGAAACAUAUGAGACUAUAUCAAAUAAAAUGGUUGUGGAAGUACCUGAAUAUGAUGUUUUAACUGAUAAUUUAACACCAGACAUCAACUUCUUCAUCUGAGAAAAAAUCUUGCGGAAUGAAAUCAGCAGAAAUAGCUGGUUAUGGAUGCACCGAAUUAUAUUUUGAUUGAUAGUUUAAAUCUAAGGAGGUCCUAUGAGCCGGUGCUUUUUUUCAUAUAGGACCCAUGACUUGACCUUCCAAAGUUCUGGACUCUGACUUUUAAACGAAUUAUAUAGACUUCUAGCAUAGCAAUUUGAAUAUCAGUAACAGUUUUAAGUAAAAUACAAUUUCUUAGACAAUGACAAUUUGUUUAUAAGUUCUGGAUAGUUGUGGUCGCCCUGACUUCUCAUUCCCAUCAUCGAUACUCUUUUUUGUAUUUUCUAUUUUAUUUAUAAAUUCUAUUUGGACACCUUGCUGUUUCAAUGCAAGCAGAUUGAAUUCUUUGAAAAAUAUUUACCUAGUAAUAUUCAAAAUUUCACAUUUGGAUGUUGCUUUGAUAAGCCUGUGAUCAUGACCCUAGCAUAUGCACUUUGUGUAUUUGAAUUAGAUGAAAGAGGUUUUGAUUAAUGAGUCAUACGAUCCCUUAUUCAGCAGAAAAUGACUAAUUUAUAUACCUUCGAAAAAUACUUAAAUGUAUUUUCAUUUCAUUACUCAUUUAAGAUUAUUACCUUUACGAUAGCAUUUCUGAAUUCGAUCUAAUACUUUUAUUCAUAUAAACAUGAAAUACUAUAAAAUAUAUUUUACGCUCAUUGUUCAAUAAAGGAAAACAUUGUUACAGAAUUAGAUAAUUUUUUCACCUUCAAUGUAAUUUAAAACGAAAACUGUUGAGGCAGUUAUUCUUUGAUUAAAAAAUAAAUAAUUGCAACCAAAUUCUGUUAAUGCAGUUAUUUUUUUUUUUAUCUAAAUUGACUUUGAAUAUAAUAUUUAAAAAAUUUUAGCAUUUCAUUACUUUAUUCUGAAACGACCUGACUCAAUUAAAAGUCAUAUUGUUAGGUUCAGAUAUAAAGACGAUUGGGUCAAUUUUUAUGUAAUGAUGCAGUUAUAUAAAAAUCUCGUUUAUAACAUUUGAUAUCUAUUUAUCCAUCGACUUUAAUUGUACUAUGACGUCACAUUCUUUUCUUUCCUUCAAGAAACAUAGAGGAUUCGAAGAUUAGACUGGGGUGAUAAAGUGGCGAAUAUAAUCCACUUGACAUGGCUCUAUAGCAGGAAUUGAUUCUAAUGUCUGUCUUGGUCUUUGUAUAAGCUUAUGAUAAAUAAUCUGAGUUUUCUCUCUGGAAUUUUAUAACUAUAUUUAGAUUUAAAUACCAAAUUAAAUGUAUGGUGAUUUUUUUUCAUUAUUUCAAGUACAUCAUUUUAGAAUAACUUUUCGAAUGAAAUAAUGCUGCUCUAAUUUUUUAGAAUCCUAAUUGCUAUCUAAAAUUUGAAUGAUUUUUAACUGAUUUUCGAGUGAUAUUUUUUAGAAUUUUAAUCAGAAUUUGGAAAUGAAAUUGAAUGUCUUUAUUCUUAAUUCCUUUUUUGCAUGUACCAUCUGUAAAUUUUUCUCAACA